AUGUAUGUCGGUUUCUCAGCAACAACUGGCACAAUUACAAGUGACCAUCAUAUUCUAGGAUGGAGCUUUAACAGAAGCGGACAAGCACAAAACCUUGAUUUCUCCAAGCUUCCUCCUGUUCCUGCACACGGGAAAGCAAGUAAGAAACGUGGACUACUAAUGAUUGUUUUGAUUGUAGUAGCAGUGGCUGUGUUGUUGAUAGUAGGCAUUAUAGCUGCUUAUAUUGUAUGGAAAAAAAAAUAUGAAGAAGUAUGUGAAGACUGGGAAAGGGAAUAUGGUCCUCAAAGGUUCCCCUACAAGAAUCUCUAUAAAGCAACCAAAGGUUUCAAGGACAAAGAACUUAUUGGAAAAGGAGGUUUUGGAAAGGUUUAUAGAGGCGUCCUUCCUUCUAAUGAACAAAUCGUAGUCAAGAGAGUCUCUCACGAUUUGAAACAAGGGAUGAAGGAAUUUGUGGCUGAGAUUGUUAGCAUGGGAAGGCUAAGAGGAAUAGCUUCUGGCCUUCUUUACCUCCAUGAAGAAUGGGAACAAGUUGUCCUACAUAGAGAUAUAAAACUGGGUAAUGUUCUACUGGAUGCCGAACUAAAUGGGAGGUUAGGUGAUUUUGGCCUAGCUAAACUAUAUGACCACUAUAGCAAUCCGCAAACCACUAACCUUGUGGGAACUGUAGGUUAUUUGGCUCCAAAGCUCAUUAGAACUGGAAAGGCAACUACCAGCACAGAUGUAUUUGCUUUUGGGGCUUUCAUGCUUGAGGUGGCUUGUGGAAGGAGGCCUAUAGAGCAACAAGGUUAUGGAGUGUUCACCGUUGUGGUGGAUGCUGCAGUUUCUGAUAGCAUCACACGAGGACAAGGGCUAAAAUGCCCAGAGACCAUACUAUCUGCAGUAUGGGUUGCCAAUCGAGAUCAGCCCUUAACUGGUAAGUCAACCAUACUUACCAUCAACAGUGACGGAAGCCUUGUCAUUGUGGAUGACAAGAUCAGUUACAGGAGUUUUGAUUAUACUUUGGAUGCCUUUCUUCUUGGAAUGGAGAUUGGUUAUUGCCGAAAAACAGGAAAAGUAUGGUCAUUAACAUCAUGGAAAGAUGAAGAAGACCCUAGUGUUGCCGUUGCUGUAAUGAAAAUGGAUCCAAAGCAACCGAAGGAGCUUUAUCUUAUAAGGGGCUCUAAAAUGUCACACCCCCUCCCGAGUAUCCCUAUCCCACCAAAUCCGGGCGCUCCAGGAGACUCAGGAUCUCAAAAGGAAGUAUCUGCCCUGAGAUAUUUAUAUGCAGCUAUCAGUGCCUACAUGGUUUUGUACCCUCAGAAAGCUAGAAAGAGCAAGAUAUAUCAGGUGGUUGUUUGA